AUGCCGGCAAUCUGCGACAGGGCAGCCGAGGUGCGCUGGAGCCCGACAGCCCUCCCGCCACCACUGCCCAGCUGUGCCAGCCAGGCCCGUAGCCACGUAGCAGCGCGCUCGAGGCCCGGCGCCCAAGUCCAGCGGUGGCGGCGCCUGAGCGUGGUGCCUCGCGCAGGUACCCGCCGGCCUCGCUCUGCGGCCACGCGACCCCGCCCCCGGCCACGCUCAUUGGGCGCUCCGCCCCCGGCCUCGUUCAUUGGACGCUCCGCCCCGCCCCCGCGCGGUGCCCAGCUUUCGCCCCGCCCCCUCCGCGUGCGUUUACAGUUCAUAGCGCAGCUGGAAGGCAGGUGCAGCUGUGCAGUCCGCCCUCUCCGCCUCUGGGCGGGACUCCUUGCCGCUGCUGGUCCGGCCCGGUCCCGCCGAGUCCGCAGGGAGCGGUCCUUCACGCUGGACGCGGUGUCAGCCACUGUGCCCGCGGUCGCCGUGUCCCCGUGCAACUUCGAGCUGCUGAAGCCCCUGUCGAUGCUGUACUCGGCCCUCGUAGCCCGGCUGCGGGAGCUGGUUGCUACGUUGCCUGAGGAUGCUCAGCCCGGGCCUGACUUUUAUGGGCUCCCCUGGGAGCCUGUGUUGCUCACUGCCUGUUUGGGAAUCGUUUCGUUUGCCAUCUUCUUCUGGAGGAAUGUUCUUGCAGUGAAGGAGCGAAUAUACCAAGUCACUGAACAGCAGAUUGCUGAGAAGGUGAAGACUACCACAAAGGACAAUGCAGAACUUGCAGAAAAAUUGUCAAGUUAUGAACAGAAGAUCAAGGAAUCAAAGAGGCUUAUUCAGGAGGCAAAGAAACAAAAUAUGAUUUUCUCUGAUGAAGCAAUUAAAUACAAGGAUAAAAUCAAGGUGUUUGAAAAAAGCAAUGAAUUGCUGGAUGAUAAGGCCAAAACUCUUCAUGUUACGUUAGAAUCUGAGAGGAAACGAAACAUGGAAAAUCAAGAUUUGAUACUGGAAAAUGAGAAAUCUAUGGAGAAGCUAAAGGAGGUUAUUUCAAUGAAUGCCUCAGAAUUUUCCGAGGUUCAGGUCGCCCUGAAUGAAGCCAAGUUGCGUGAGGAGAAGGUGAAGUCUGAGUGCCACCAGGUUCAGGAAGAAAACACAAGGCUGAAGAAGAAGAAAAUGCAGCUACAGCAGGAAGUUGAAGACCAGAAGAAGUUGCAUGCUGAACUCAGCGAGCGAAUCAGGACCUUGGAGAAGUCUCAGAGGGAUCUGGAAGCCACUCUUGCUGAUAAGGAUGAUAACAUCGGUGCUCUGGCCAACUGCAUCAUGCAGCUGAAUCAGUUGGAGAGUGGAACAGAAUCUGAGGGUCCAGGUCCAGGCAGAUGUGAGCCAGGUGAAUUAGCCAAUGGAGAGGUGGGAGGUGAGGAGAGUAAGCUGAAGACUCGCAUGCACCAGCUGAUGGAUGUCUCCCGGACACGUACCGCAAUAUCCGUGCUUCAGAAGGAUCUCAAACUGCUGCAAGUGAAACUGAGAGCCUCCCUGUCUGCCAAAUGUGACCUGGAAGACCAGGUCAAGAAGCUGGAUGAGGACUGUGGCACAUUGCAGGCAGCCAAGGCCGGGCUGGAGGAGGAGUGUAGGACGCUGCAGCAGAAGGUGGAGAUCCUGAACGAGCUGUACCAGCAGAAGGAGAUGGAGCUGCAGAAGAAGUUGAGCCAGGAGGAAUUUGAACAGCAGCAGCGAGACCAGCGGCUGUCGGCUGCGGAUGAGAAGGUGGUGCUGGCCACAGAGGAAGUGAAAGUCUACAAGCGGAGAAUUCAUGAAAUGGAGGAAGAAUUACAGAAAACAGAGCGCUCAUUUAAAAACCAGCUUGCUACUCAUGAGAAAAAAGCCCAUGAGAACUGGCUCAAAGCCCACCAUACGGAGCGCCUGAUUGCAGAGCAGAAGCGGCAGGCCCUCAGCUUGUGGCACAGGCUGGUGGAGAUGACCCAGAAGCUGGCCAUGCUUCAAGAGGAGCCUGUGAUCAUCAAGCCGAUGCCAGACCGGCCAGGAGUGCAGAACGCGCCCCGCAGAGAUCCCUUGAGCCAGAACAGCUCCUUUGGCCCGUCCCCUGUGAGCCACAAUGAGUGCUCCCUGCCUGGGUGCUCCCGGCCCCCAGGCGCAGAGCCCCCCGGACAGCCCCCUUCUGCGAGCCUGAACUUCGCACGCGGCAACAUCCCAAGAGCCGACUUCGAUCCCGGCCCUGGCCCUGGCCCCGUGGCCAACAGCAGCUCCCGCGGCUCCUCCCCAGCGAAGGACAUGGACGACGGCAAGGGACCCCCGGACCCCGGGAGCCCUUGUGUCGCCCCUGUCGUGCCCAGGGCCACGCUCGUGCUGGCAGGAGUGCAGCAAGCUGGCGCAGCAUCCCGCUGGCACCUCCGGAACUCAUCUCUCCGCACGCGAGUGGGGACAGCGUGGUGGCCAUGCUCGCUGCGUGGUGUGCUGCUCACCUGGGGGCCAGCAGGGUCCGGGGAUACCCUUGACUCCUCUCGGGAUGGGCACCCGGUGUCACUGCCGAGCUCGGAACUGGGCCUGCUUCUGUUUGCAGUCCCUUGCAUGGGCCCACCACUGGGCUUAAGAGAGUACGCGCCUGGCAUCCUGCCCAGACGCCGCGACCUGCCGCUGCACCCCCGCGAGUUCUUGCCAGGACCUGUGCCAUUCAGGCCUCCAGGCCCGCUGGGCCCCCGAGAGUAUUUCAUUCCUGCUCCUCGAAUGCCACCACCACCCUCUGGGCCCCAGGACUACACACCGCCGCCUGCCACAGAGGAGCCCCAGCUCUCAGGGCCCAGAGAGGCCCCAGCCUCGUCGACAAGCAGCCAGGAACCUGCCCAGGCUCUGAGGCAGAGCCCUUAAUGGCCCCACUACUCAGAGGGCCAAGGUUUUUAUUGGCUUUGGAGUUCAUUUUAAAAGGAAGUUCAUUUUAAAAGGUUUUUAGUACUAAGCUCCCUUGAGCAGUGCACAUUUUUGAGCCAAACAAUUCAGAAGACUCAUCUUCCUCUCUAAAAAUUGCCUCUUAAGCUCGAGUGACCUUCCAACUGAAAUGUGCAAUAACGAUCCCUGUGUUUUAGUUAAUAUAGCAUAGGUCAGUGUAAAAUGAUUCAGAAUGUCAUCAAAAUGACUAUUUCCUGUGGAAAUGCUCUAAGAAACGUAUUUCCGUGACCGAUGUUUUACUGUAUCAGCUGAAUACAGAGUAGUGGUAUUUAUAAGCUUUACCCCUCCUGCCCCAUCCUGGUUGAAAAGACUGUUACUUAAAGAUAAAAGAUGUUUAUUCAAAGAUCACCCCUUAUCCCCUCCCGCUCUGCUGAUGUCCUUUGUAGUAAUAGCUAAUAAAAACUUGUUUGUUAAUA